AUGGUUGCUUUCUCCAAGAUCGCCGUUGCCGCUCUGGCCGGCUUUGCUGCUGCUCACCCCGGUGAGAAGCGCGAUGAGCAGAAGAUGAAGCGUGAGAUCGUCGCCCGUGACCACCACGCCCGCAACGGUGCUCGUUCCCUCGCCAAGUGUGGCGACGCCGACUACGCCAAGGCCCUCAAGACCCGUUCCAUUCAGCGCCGUGUCGAGAAGGUUCAGAGCCUCCGCAAGGAGCGCGGCAUCAAGUCCGCUGCUCGCAAGGACAAGCGUACCCUCGAGGACCUCGAGGCCUACGAGGCCAUCAACCACAACAUGACCGGUACUUCCGACAACGGCAUCUUCACUCCCCUUGAGGAGGUUUUCUCUGCCGACACCAGCUGUAUCCUGGCUCCUUACGUCACCGACGGACCUUACUACGUUGCCGGCGAGCUGAUCCGCUCCAAUGUCAGAGAGGCCGACUUCACCGAGGGUGUUGACCUGUACCUUGAGGUCCAGUACAUCGACAUCAACACUUGCCAGCCUCUUCCCAAGGUCGCUGUCGACAUCUGGAACUGCAAUGCUACCGGUACCUACUCCGGUGUUGAGAGCGGCCAGGGUGGUCUGAACACCACUUUCCUCCGUGGUGUUCAGCUGUCCGACCACGACGGUGUUGUUCAGUUCGAGACCAUCUUCCCUGGUCACUACGACGGCCGUGCUAUCCACACCCACUUGCUGUCCCACACCGGUGCUUCCUUCGAGUCCAACGGUACCAUUGGUGUUUUCGACGCUGCUGUCGCCCACAUUGGUCAGCUCUUCUGGCCCGAUGACCUCCGCGAGCAGGUCGAGUCCACCUACCCCUACACCGAUAACACUCAGGCCCUGACCACCAACGAUGAGGAUAUGUGGUCCAUCCUCCAGGCUGACGAGAACUUUGACCCGAUCCCCGAGUACGUCUACCUCGGUGACUCUAUCGAGGACGGUCUGUUCGCCUGGAUCCAGAUCGGUAUCAACGGCUCCGCCGACUACACCGACGAUGACUACUACGGCAUUGCUGCCUACCUGGCCGAGGACGGUGGCCACUCCACUGGCUACACCGUCGGUGGUGGCAGCGGUGGUGAUGCCGGUGGCAACGGUACUGCUCCCACUGGUACCGGCGCCAUGCCCACCGGUGCUGCUCCCACCUCUGCUUAA